CUGGAGACGUGCUUUGCAUUGGCAGGCGGAUGAGGACACGUGUCUCGUCCCUGCCUCCCCCUCCCCGGGCUCCACGGUACCGCAUUGGCAUCAGUAGAGGCACCUGAACUCCUGGGGAAAGCUGCCUGCCACCUUAUAGCUACCCCCUAAAAUAAAGAACCCGCAGCACAGUCCCUGCAGGAACCUGUGGCUUGACUUUUUUUUCUUUUUCUUUUUCGUUUUUUUUUGGUCGUGCGUAAAGCUUUUGCGCACAGCGCCUCGGAGACUGAAAAGGUGCGCUUACACUCGUCGAGCGUCAGAUCGCAGCACCAGGAUGCAGAAACGGAGCAGCGACGUCUGAAGGUGACAUGAACCUGGGGAUAGUCAAGAGCAUCAGCCGCACACACAACAAGAAGUGGAGAUAGCAACUGAAAACCGUCGUGUCUUGAAGCCAAACUUGCGCUUUUCCCUUUGGCUUUAUCUCAUGCUGAGAUUAAGGAGCUGCAGAACACAGUAGCCUCAUUUUUCAUUGAGUGGGGGGUAAAAGGAAGAAAAAAACAUCUAAUUAGUCAGUGGACAGUUUAGGGUCAGCAGAGGAGGAAAAAUGGCGACAUUAAUAAGAGGCAAGAUUUCUAAUAAACUGUCAAACGCAGCCACGGCUGUGUCCAACAAAUCCACGGCAAAGGUGAGCGGGAUGUUCGCCAGGAUGGGCUUCCAGGCCGCCACGGACGAGGAGGCUCUGGGCUUUGUCGCCUGCGACGACCUGGAUUACGACCACCGUCAGGGCAUGCAGAUGGACAUUCUGUCCUCCGACGAGAUCGGAGGAGAGGGUGGCGGAGAAGACGGAGGGCUGGAGGGGGACAGCCACUACCAGAGAGACGGCACCGGUCCGCCGCACUCUGCCUCCAAGGACGGGGGCUCGAACAACGAGUUGUCCGAAGUUAAACCAAAAAUCACCGCCUGGGAAGCGGGCUGGAACGUCACGAACGCAAUCCAGGGGAUGUUCGUUCUGGGCUUGCCCUACGCCAUCCUGCAUGGAGGAUACCUCGGACUCUUUCUCAUUAUUUUCGCCGCCGUGGUGUGCUGCUACACGGGGAAAAUCCUCAUCGCCUGCCUGUACGAGGAGGACGAAGACGGGCAGCUCGUCCGUGUGAGGGACUCCUAUGUGGACAUUGCCAACGCCUGCUGCGCGCCCAGGUUCCCAACGCUGGGCGGUCACGUCGUGAAUGUAGCUCAGAUCAUAGAGCUGGUGAUGACUUGUAUUCUGUACGUGGUCGUCAGCGGGAAUCUCAUGUACAACAGCUUCCCCAACACGCCCAUCUCCCAGAAGUCUUGGGCCAUCAUCGCUACCGUCGCUCUGCUCCCCUGCGCCUUCCUCAAGAACCUGAAAGCCGUCUCCAAGUUCAGCUUGUUGUGCACGAUGGCGCAUUUCGUCAUCAACGUCCUGGUGAUCGCCUACUGCCUAUCCAGGGCGAGGGACUGGGCCUGGGACAAGGUCAAGUUUUACAUCGAUGUCAAGAAGUUCCCCAUCUCCAUUGGGAUUAUCGUGUUCAGCUACACCUCGCAGAUCUUCCUGCCGUCCCUGGAGGGGAACAUGCAUAAACCCAGCGAGUUCCACUGCAUGAUGAAAUGGACUCACAUCGCUGCCUGUAUCCUCAAGGGGCUGUUCGCCCUGGUGGCCUACCUGACCUGGGCGGACGAAACCAAGGAGGUGAUCACAGACAACCUGCCACCAACUAUCCGAGCCGUGGUCAACCUCUUCCUGGUGGCCAAAGCUUUGCUGUCCUACCCGCUGCCCUUUUUCGCCGCCGUGGAGGUGUUGGAGAAAACCUUCUUCCAGGACGGGGGCCGCGCCUUCUUUCCGGACUGCUACGGAGGCGAUGGACGCCUAAAGUCCUGGGGACUGACUCUCCGAUGUAUACUAGUGGUGUUCACCUUGCUCAUGGCGAUCUAUGUGCCGCACUUCGCCCUGCUCAUGGGCCUCACCGGCAGCCUGACGGGCGCCGGGCUCUGCUUUCUGCUUCCCAGCAUCUUCCACCUCAAGCUCUUAUGGAGAAAGCUUCAGUGGCACCAGGUGUUCUUUGACGUCUCCAUCUUUGUAAUAGGCGGUAUAUGCAGCAUAUCCGGUUUCAUCCACUCCAUAGAGGGGCUCAUAGAGGCUUUCAAAUAUAACAUAGAAGAAUAGAGACGAGUCAUUGGAUGCAUCCCAAUAAAUUAGAAUAGAAUCAUAAAGCAAAUUUAUUUUACUAAUUCAGUUUAAAAAGUGAAACUCAUAUAUAGCUAUUCAUUGCAUACAGUGGCACAUUUUCCAAAUUUGUUUUCUAGUCAUUUUGCCUAUACAAAAUGAAAACCCCAAAUUCAGUUACUUUAAGAAGAAAAAUAUUCCAAAGACCAAUAAAAAGAUCAAUUUUGAUAAAAAUAUGUGCUAUUAUCACCACAGCAGUUUUCAAGUCAAGGGUGAAAACGUGAAAACUAUUCAUCAGACAGUCACUGGCACCCUGAGCAAGAAGAGCAACCCAGAAAAAGUUAACUACUAAAGAAGCUGGUUGAAAGGUGGAAAGGUGGAAGUUGAGUGGAAGGAAAAACUGUGGAAGAAAGAAAAGAAUUAGAGAAAAUAUCCAGUUGCUUGAGCACUUUAAAUGGUCAUCUCCUGGAUGAGUCAGAAUCUAGGUGGACUGCAGUUAAAGUCAGAGGCAUCACACACAAAACUAUCCAGGGCAUGGAUCACAGCUGGAGUCAAUGUCAGAAAUGUCUUGAUUAAGGUAAGAAUAAAAGCAACUGGUCUAAGUGAUUCAAAGUUCUCUUGCCAGAAAUAAAAGUUAAUUUUCAAUUUAAUUUAGAAAUCAAUCCAAGCCCAAGACUGUGGAAGACUAGUUUACAAGCUCCGAAUCCAAGUUGUCUGAAGUCCAGAGGAAAAUUUUUCACAUCCAGAUUUGAGGAUUCUUGUCAUCUGCUGGUGUUGUGUUUUAUCAAGUCCAGAAUAGGACCUUCUAACAGGAAAGCUUAGGUAAUCUCAUGCUUCACUAUAUUGACCAUUGUGUCACUAUGCUUGACUGGCCUGCUAACUCUCCUGAGCUAAAUGCCUUUGAGAAUAUUUGUGGUUUAAAAUCCCUUUUCCCUCUGGUCCUAUGUAAUAUUCCAACUUUCCCAGAAACUGAAUGUGAGGUUUUCAUUUACUGUAUUCCUUAUAGACGCAAUAGACGCUUGAAACAGCGACGUCUCAUCGCCUGUAACGAAUCUAUAAAAUAUGUUUCGCUUUUAUUUUGCUGAAUUAAAUUGCUUUUUCGGUUAUAUUUUAGUUUAUUGAGAUGCACUUGUACUCGUUAACUGCAAAUUUCCAUUUAGUGAAAACAUUAAAAACACACAAACACUAAGCGGCGUGCGCUCCUUCCCCCUCUGCUUGAUUCAUGCGUAAAUGCGCGCACUGAGCACACACACAUUUGCGCACAAUCUCUCAUGUAUUUUACACACACAAAUCUAACAGCAGCGAGGGAGUCUAACGCGUCCGCCCAGUCGAUACGUGUUGUAUACAUAUGCGAACAAAGGAAACACAGACAUAUUUUCCAGUGAAGUGAACGUUUACAACAAUGACCUUAAGAAAAGUUGCAAAAAGAGGGCAGACGCUCGUGUCGCUCUUGCGGUGCUUCUUCCCCACAUGAGGUCGCAACGAGCGCGUUUGAGAGGCUUGGAGAAAGAAAGAAAAAUAAUUAAGUUUAGUUUAAACUGCAACGUGACUGCAGGGGCUGACACUGGUGUUAAAGCCCAAAACAAGCCCGUUAUAUAUAUAU